AAAUGAUCCUGCAUUUCAGUUUACGCUCCACACUCCCUCCCGGCCACCAUCAAACCAUGCUUCUCCACCUUCCAUUUCCUUCCAAUUCCGCCACCUCCUUCCGCCUCUUCUCCUGCCUCCACCGCUCCCCGGAGAACGCCUCCGCCGGCGCCGCCGCCGCCGCCGCCGGGAAUAGCUCGCCGGACCACCCCGUCCUCCGCACACACAACUCCAAGUCGACCUCCCUCCUCCGCCGCCACCUCUCUCCGCAAGCGCCAGAGCCCUCCCCGAUCCCGAACCAACUCGACAUCCCGCCCCAAGACAGAAUCGAGCUCCUGGAAACUUCUCUCUCCGCCAAACGAAGGCCUCAGUUCCCCGGCUCCAUCUACGCCGGGUCUCCGAGCGACGCGGACGGCGGCGCUUCUUCGCGGCCCCCUCUGCGGACUCUCUUUCGCGACGGGACUGACGGCGACGGCGGCGGCGAUGUCGGCGACGAGGAGAUGAUAGUGCGCGCGAUCGAGAUUCGGAGGAAGGUGACUGCUGAAAUUCUCAAGGAAGCGAUGAGGAAGGGCAAGUUCGGGAUCACUUACAUCGACAAUCUGGUGGAGAGGGUGCCGGCGUUCAUCGAUUGGGUUAUGAUUGAGGCUGCCGCGAUGAAGCGGUUGCCGGAGUUUGUGGAGUCUUCCUUUAAUGUUCGCGCGAAGGCUGUUGUGCAGGACUCUAAUUUUGUGCCACUUAUAAGGUGGUUGAAACACAACUCUCUGUCGUACCCGCAGAUAGGGAAGCUAAUAUGUAUGUCAAGGGGAAAUCUUGAGUCAAUAAGACAAUUUGCUGAGUGGUUGAAGUCCACUAAUGUUAAGGGAAGAUUUGUCGGGGUUGCUCUCAUGAAGGCGGGAGAUAAUAUACUGGAGCGAGGGACUGAUGAACUGGAUGAGAUGGUACAGUAUUUAGAGGACAACGGGGUCAGAAGGGAAUGGAUGGGCUAUGUCGUGAGCCGGUCUCCUCAGCUGUUGUCUUACAGCAUGGAAGAAGUGAAAUCUCGUGUAGCCUUCUACUUGGAUAUGGGAAUGAAUGAGAAUGAUUUCGGCACGAUGGUUUUUGACUAUCCCAAGGCACUGGGCCACUUUACGAUGGAGGAGAUGAAUCAAAAGGUGCAUUAUUUGAAAGAGUUUGGUCUCAAUAUUGAAGAGGUUGGCAAAUUGCUAGCCUUUAAGCCUCAACUGAUGAGUUGCAGUAUUGAUGACCGAUGGAAGCCUUUGGUAAAGUACUUGUACUACCUUGGAAUAUCCCGCGAUGGUAUGAGGAGAAUGCUCGUCAUUAAACCAAUGAUAUUCUGUCUUGACUUGGAGAAAGUUAUUGCACCAAAGGUGCUGUUUUUCCGGGAUAUAGGCAUAAGAGAUGAUGCUAUCGGCAAGAUGCUGGUUAAGUUUCCACCAUUACUGACGUACAGUCUGUACAAGAAAAUCAGACCAGUGGUUAUUUUCCUAAUGACUAAAGCUGGAGUUACUGAGAAAAAUAUUGCUAAAGUAAUAGCUCUUGGACCCGAGCUUUUGGGAUGCAGCAUAGCAAACAAGCUUGAGAUCAGUUUAAAGUACUUCUUGUCACUUGGCAUCAGAGUCCGACAGUUGGGUGAGAUGAUUGCUGAUUUCCCCAUGCUCCUCAGAUAUAAUGUAGACAUCCUUCGUCCCAAAUACCGCUACUUGCGAAGAACUAUGGUGCGGCCUUUGGAGGAUCUUAUUGAGUUUCCGAGGUUUCUCAGCUAUUCUCUUGAGGGUCGCAUAAUUCCUAGGCAUGUUGUUCUGGUGGAAAAUAGGAUUAACAUGAAGCUACGCUACAUGUUAGCUGGCACUGACGAGGAGUUUGAGCAGAGGGUUAAGGAUGCAGUCGAAAGACGACACAAUUUCGAGUCUAGGGUUUCAAGCAAGAAUCUCUCGAAUUCUUUCGUUCCAGAUCGACAAUUAGAGAGGAAUGCGGUGGGUUAUACUCAAACCGAGAUCACAUACUCAAAUUCUCAAGAAUCUGAACUGUUCUACUGCUCAGACAGUGUUGACAGCUCUAGCAGUGAUGAGCAUCGUUCGAGUUCAUUACUACAUUGAAAUUAAGAUGUUUGUUCCCAUAGAUUAUAGUCCCGAGUGUACAUGAUGCAGAUUAGUGUUUUUACUUUGUACAGAGUUCUAUCUUAAGCGCAAGAUUGGUUGUAGGGAGAACC